CGGCAGUGCUCAGACAGAGAGCAGCUGAAACUGAUGGGAUAGCAAUAGCCGCAGUCAAGAGAGCAGAUCCUAGGUAUUUGCAUACCCUGGCAGCACCAAGUUUCUGUCUGACCACUGCAUCUGAUCAAAGAACAGAGGCAAGGUGGGGGGGAAAGCAGAUUAUUCAAGUGAGAUAUAAGCAAACAUCUCUUUAGGUACCUGAGAUCCUUUUAUCAUGAAGCUCUUCACAGUUGUUUUUCUCUUAGUGUUCAUUGCAAUCUGCUUUACCAGCAUAGAAGGAUCCAAAUGCAAAUGUGCAAGAAAGGGCCCUAAAAUAAGAUUCUCUGAUAUACAAAAACUUGAAGAGAAGCCAAAGUAUCCAUAUUGCAAGGAGAGAAUGAUCAUUGUCACCAUGAAAUCACGAUUCAGAGGAGGCCAUCAGUAUUGCUUGCAUCCCAAACUCCCAAGCACAAAAAGAUUACUUAAGUGGUACACAAUAUGGAAAGAGAAGGAGAGAGUUUAUGAAGAAUAAGAAGGUAAAAGGAUAAUACAAGAAACAAAGUUGUGCGGCAGGCAUAAGGAAAGGAUGGACAAUGGAGGAGGUUACUUCUCACAAGACAUGACACAAAUACUAUAUUGUUAUAAAGCACUUUUUACCAAGGAUCACUUUUUACAUUUUAUAGCUGCCAGAUUUCAUAAGUGUCUUUUACAUACUAGAUUUCAUACAUUCCCCCUUUGAAGUGAGAAAUCUCAUGAGUCUUCAUCUUAAAGGUUUUUUUUAAAAAAAUGAGUGCAUUGAAAGCUGUUUAUAUAUCACUGAUUAGAAACUGGGCUUUAUAAGCUCAUUCAGUGAACCAUAAUUUGCAUACACACACAUAUAAGGUGUUCUGAAAUGAUGUGUCUUCUUUGGCAUUGGGGCAGCUUCCUAUGCCAAUGUGAAGGUUUCCUGUAACAGAAUAUGUCUUUUUCUGUAGGGGAUGGGGAACAGUUAAGUAUUUAGAAUAUUAUAUUUGGGAUACAGUAAAUUCACAGUGGUUGUAAAAUGAUAUAAGCUGUUCACCUGUUAAUCCUUGUGGAGGGUAUACUACAAUAUGCUACUCCUUCAUUUUUGUCUGUGAAGAAAAAAUAAACUUUAUAAAGCU